AUGAGUGAGCAGUCGUCCCGGCUGUCGCCUCGUCUGAUUGGCCAAGCCUUGCCGUGCUCGGAUUGGCUGGCUUACCUGUGUCAUUUGACUUGCUCGUCCAGUCCUUCCUGCCUGACGGUCGCCGAUUUGUUUCCCACUCGUUUUGGAAAAAUGCUCGCGCCCUCUCUCAGCCUCCUGGCGAGCAGUUCCCUAGCUCAGGUGGAUGUGACCAGAACUGAAGACACAUUCCACAGUCCCACUUUGCUGCUCACUCUCCCAUCCCGCCCUCCUCCCUUACUCACUUUUCGCACUAUCGCCCAGCUCGCCCACAAACACCCUGCAAACCGAUUCGUCUGCCAACGUGUGUUGACAUCGCGGUGGGAUCAACUUUUGCCAAAUCUGUCCGGAUAA